AUGGCUCCCAACGCAAUCACAAAGCCUAACCGACGCAAACGUCGCAGUGCAGACUCGACACCACCACCACCGCGGCGACAACGGCCGCUUCUUCCGGGAUCGCCAAAGGCAAGACGGGAUGGUAACGGUAAUAUCACUAAUGCAGCGGACCUGAGUGAGGCUACACUCGCGCUCGAGAAUUGGCCUCGGGUUCUGCCAACCAUACCGACUCCUGGUCCUCCUGCUCCCCGACAACAGUUGGCCAUCCAUACACGAGAACAACAUGUGGCCCAACCACAUGUAGCGACAAAUGUCCGAUCUGGUGGUAGGACUGCGCCGAGGAACGACGUGCGCAGCCAGCGAUAUGCUCCGUCUUCGCUUGCACCUCGAAGCUAUGUUACGUCACCGGCCUCGCGUAUGGACUUCGUACAGCCGCAGCAGCAACAAUACCAGCGAUACCAGCAUUACCCGCAACACCAGUUUGGUAAUAUCAUCUCUGAAACGGAUCUGAUGAGGUUUCCUUCGAACUCAAGUCAGGGUACUUUGAGUUAUGGCCCUUCGCAUGCUGUGGGACAUCAGCCUUCAGGAAAUAUCUUCCAGGAAGAUACCUUGCAAGCUGAGGACUUUCAAGAAGCUGGACUGAACUUGGAAGCAGUUCAGGAUGGGGUGCCUGAUGAGAAUGGCGGGGAAGUCCAAUUCCUGUCUGACUUUUCGGAAUUCCAGAACUUCUUGUUGGGUCCAUCCGGGGAUAUGGCUCCUCUUGAACCGUCGGAUGGGUCGUACAGCCUUGAUCAGAUGGCUUCACAUCCGAUCUUCCAUCGGUAUCCCGCUCCUGCUCCUGCUCCCGGUUACCAGCAACCCCUUCCGGAACCUACCUUUACCGGCUACAAUGUUGCUGGAGCUUACCAAAGCCCAUAUGCGCCGACCAUGUAUGCUCCACAGCAGGCGCAUGGCCAGCCUACUUUCCAGCCGGGCCCGAUGAACGCGCCAGGCUCCAUCAACAACGUCGUCAUACCGCAGCCGGGCUCGAUGUAUGCGCAGAACUUCGUCAAUAAUUUCCCGCCACAACAGCAUCCACCCACCAUGUAUGCGCAACCGUACCAGCAGCUACAGCCGACCGCGCAACAACCCCAGGCCAACUACCCUGUUGCCGACUACAACCCACCUGCGGCUUACGCAGGCCCUUCCUCGCGACAACCAGGAAACUACAACGGCAGCACCGGGCAGGCACGACAGCAGGAUGCUGGAUCGAGGCGGAGACGGUCAAGCUUGUACCUAACGACUGAGGAAUGGGUUGAGGCGCAACGUAGGCAAGAGAACCUUGGAAGGGAGUGA